AUGCACGCGGAGAGUACCAGGGGGUGAGGGAGAUUCAUGGGGCGACGAGUGAUAUGGGGACAUAGCAGAGUAUUGACCAGGAAAAAAAGCAGGAAUAUUAGUGUCAGGUUUUAGUGUCUGUUUUGUCAGAGGGAAACAGACACCAGAGAGGCCAUGGGGGAUAGAUUGAGAGAAAAUGAAGGUUUUAUCUGCAGUUUUUCACUAGAGGAGAGAGACAAUGAGAGGAUUGGAUUGUGGAACAGUAUUGAAGUAGAGGAUAUUUGGGAAUGAUCAGUAAGUGACAUGAGACUGAGGAGAUGGGAUGGGUGAAUGUUUUGGAUAUAGUUUAUUACAGCAGAAAGUGAAAUCUUGCAGUUACUAAAGCCACAGAGUGCUCCGUACAAUGCAGCUACCAAAUCUCUGUAACAUAUACUCCCCUUUCUUCCACAUCAUUCCUAUGAUCAUACUUUGUGUGGCUGUUUGUGUGUAUUCACUGUAUAAGAAUUGCAUUAACAACAAAAUUCAGUGUUUGACAGCUCUGUCUGUCCUCCCAAGUCAUUCAAUGGGCCAGCAAAGCAGUAUACAUUGCUGCCAAAACAUAAAUGUAGACAUAAUACAUUUUCUUAUACAUAAACAUAUUUAAAACAAAAAGCAUGAUCACAUGAAUAUUAUCAAUAUUUCCAUGUGUAACAUGAUGUGAAACUGAAUGUAGAAUAAAGUAUUAAAAUCAUCCCCUUAUGUUGCACCUCUUUGUAUCUAGUAUGUAAAAAUGUGUGAAGUUUUAUCUGUUACGAUUAGACUUUUUAUUAGAGACCCUACUAUGACAUGGGAUGUCCUUCAGUGACCGUAUGUCUAGCAGAGAAUUCUGCAUUUCACACAGCUUGGGUGAUAAUGUGAGGCAGCAUUCAUGCUUUUUAUAUAAAAAAAAAAAAGUACAUAUUUCUCAAAAGCAAGGCUGUUCUGGCACAGCAUGGUAUUUGAUGCAAAUAUCUGAAGUCCCAUGAUCAUAUACAGUCGUGUGGCAUUAUAUGAUCAAUACAAGAUUUUGCGGUAGAGAUGAGUGCUUUCCCCCACUGCACAUCUGCCCCUUAUGUAGUUUAUUAGCCUUUAAUCAGGUUUAGUAAAACGAAAUAGUGACCAUUGCACUUCAGUAAGGUUAUUCCGUUGUAUAAAAAACCUUAUCGUCAUCUGGCUGAGCAUGGUUGACCAAUUCUCUCAUUAUUCAUAGCAGAUAUUUUCUGGGGACUUUCCAAAGUGCCAGUGGGACCGCUAAUUUGGGUUCAAACUAGCCUAGCUAGUCUGUGUUGGAUAACUUUCCUGUUUGUCUGUUUUUACCUAAAAUAUAUUACAAAUGUGUGUGUCCAUCUCUACUCCAGCAUUCUCAGUCGCUGGACCCACCAUUUGAUUAAAAUGGUGGCAGCUGUUUUUACAGACUCUAAGCUGGAGGAGAUUAAAUGGCUGCCAGAUGUUUUGGGCAUUGGUCUUACAGUUUAUUUAGUUUAACUAUUGGAACUCAUUAUUGGGGAUAUACGGGAAUAUUGACUGUAUAAGUAGGAUAUGUAUAACUUUUAUCCUGCUGCUUAGAAGAGGCUCCACGUAUAUUAACAGGGGUAGUCUCGUAGGAAUAUAUAAUGCAGUAAAUCAGUGGAGGGGUGAGUGUUGAUUGCAUUCAUAUGACCUCAAAGUAUGUUCUGUUCAGAAGAAUGUAUAAUGCAAGGAGUUAGUCAAAUGAGGGAUGCUCAGCAGGCUCUACUAAUGGGGGAAUAUGCACAGUGAUAUCUUAGCAGAGUCUAUAGCUCAAAGGGUUAGUGAGGGGAAGUGGGGUUGACAGAACCUAUAGUGAAUUAAGUAUGGGACUUGGCAGAGUCCAUAGUGUUAAUGAGUAUAGAGUGGGGGAGUAUAGAGGUGCUCUUUUGUGUAAUGAUUUUGUGAAGAAAAAGAGGCCCAGAGAUCCUAACACUUGGAGUUCAUGGGAGGAGAGGUUCAGCAGCGGCUAUAGUGCUAGGAUUUAAUAGGUAAGAGAGGCUCAUUAGAGCAUAUAGUGGGGGAGCAUGUAAAGGUAGGAGUCAGUGCAGGGAAGAGGUUUAGAGUUUAUAGAGCUACAAGGCAGUGGGAAGGCUCACAGAGUCUGUAGCGCCAGAAGUCAAUGGGGGGGGGGAGACGCUGACAGACACUGUAGUGCUACAGGCCAUUGGGGAAGAGGGUCACAGAGCCUAUACUGCUCUGAAUCAGUGGGGUAAAGAGGUUCACAAACUCUAUUGCGCUACGAGUCAUUUCAGGGAAGAGGCUUACUGUGCCUAUAUUGCUCUGAGUCAGGAAGAGGCUCACAGAACCUAUAGCGCUAUGAGUCAGUGGGAUAGAGAAAGAGUCUCAGACCCUAUAGCGGUUAUGAGUCAGCGAGAAGCUCACAGAGCUCACAGGCUCUGAGAAGCUCACAGAGCCUGUAGCGUCACGAGUCAGUGGAGGUGGGGAACUCACAGAACCUAUAGCGUCUAAACUCAGUGACGGAGGGAGAUGCUCAUAGAGCCUAUAGCACUAUGAAUGUUGGGUAUACUUUUCAUCUCUGCAGUGUGUGUGGGGGGCGCAGUAGAUCCUAUAGCGCUACAAGUCAUUGGGGGGUGAUACCUCCAGAGCCUGGACUCAGCAGAUGGUGCCUGGACUCAGCAGAUGCUUUAGCGGUAGGAGUCAUGUGACCCCUUUGCACUUAUUGCUGCAAUGUUAAAUAUUGCAGUUUUAGAGAACUGCAAUGUUUACAUUGCAGCUCUAAGUCUGCCCUCUAUGUCUGUCUAACAGACAGCCACUAGAGGGCUUCCGGAAUCCAAACCGACCUUUGGUCCGUUAUCCUCACGGACCUCCAGCGUCAGAUUUUCCCUGUCGGGAAGCAUUGAAUAAUGCUUUCCUAUGGGGAGGACUAAUGCUCGCGUGGCCGUUGCCGCACAUGCGCAUUAGGUCUCCCCCACCGGCGGAACGUCGACGGGGCCUGACCCAGUGCCGAGCGACAUCGGCACCUGAUUGAAAUAAGUGGCUGAAGGGAGGGGGGCACUGUAGGAGCCUAUAGUGCCAGGAAAAAGGUUUGGUUUCCUGGGACUAUAGGAUCCCUUUAAUUCUGAUACAGUACGAUCCUUUCACUUUGCGACUGUGGGUGUCUGUUCAGCCUUUAGGACCAGGUUACAACAAAUCCCCUGCUACUAUACCAGGCCUUCUAAAUAUAGUUUGACAUGAUUGAUUGAUUAUACUGUUUCACUGUUUCUUAAAGGAUAUUAAUUUACCUUUUUUUUUUUUUUUUUUUAGGGCUGUAGUGGAGACUGUGCAUAGGCUAGAUCUCAUCAUCUCCAACAAAACUGCGUACCAAGAAGUCUUUAAACCUGAGAACAUCAGCCUCCGCAACAAGUAAGUUACUAUCCCCGGGUCUCCUGCUAAUUUGUCAGAAAAUGUUUGGCCAGAAUCCCUGGCACAGGAGAGGUGUUGAAUUCAGGUGUCUAGUAAGUGUUUUUGUGAACCACAAAUCAAAUAUUAUGACUAACUGCAUUAGUAGACUUUCUGAAUCUGUUUCUUCUAAUUUCAUUGAGCACUUCAACAUCAAAAACCACUUAGAUGGAAAAUUGUCUUAUUGAUGCAAAAUUAUAGCUUUGUGUCUGCUAGUUUAUUUUAUUGCACAUCACAUAUAAUACCUGCGUGAUGAGAAGAUUAGGGGAAAAACCAUGUCUGUCUAGCAGCUAGCCAAGUUGUAAUAAAUUCAAAAAUAUAAUUUGUUGGGGGGGGGGGAGGGGGGCGGGGCCGGGCGGCCAUGCCGACAGGCUGUAGGUCACUGGAGCUCCUGCGGAAUCAAGCUAAUUUUGGGGAAAAUACCCACCUUAUGCUGCAUGAGAUCUCUGGAGGUUCGGGGAACGGAGUCCUGGAUUGUCCCGGUGUAGCUGGAGCACCUGUUACCGGGUGACUCUAGGUCCUGGAGAGACAUUUUGGGGCUUGAGACCAGAGGCCUACCCAGGAGGAGAGCGGGGCGAACGGCCACUGCCUCGUAUUCCAAUCUGGCUACUGUGAUAUGGCUGGUGUCCUCCCGGUCUCGUUCACCCCCCCUCUGGGCCGACGGGGGUUAUCCCGGCCCCCACCAAGCAAGAUGUCAUCAACACACAGCUACAGGGUGACUAAACAGCUCCCACGAGGCCUCCUUAAAAUGGGCGACGGCGGCUUAACAACUCCACCGGACUAAACAUGGAGAACCCCCUACGGUGCACUGAAGCAUACUGCCACAACAUGCCUAACCAGUGCUCCCCAUCACCGGCACCAGAGACCAACCAGGUGGGUGCACCCAGAGAAGGCAUACCCAAGCAUCGACCCUAAUAUAACACAGCCUGCACCUGAACACAGCGGCUUAAGUGGCACCGCGUUUACACCCACCAGACGACCGGGAGACCCGGCAAUCCGCAACCACGGUGUCCUCUGGCAAGACUUUGGGACUCAGAGGACCUUCUUAUAGGGACUAUCCCCAAGCAUGGGAAUAAACUGCCCUUUAACAUCUCCUAUGCAACCAGAGCCAGGGGCGACCCCAACAUCACACGAUGACUGGCCCCUAAGCCACACAUCACGGAACCUUCCGACAGCCUCAGAAGCGGUUACUGCAGCUGCAUUCUAUAAUUAAACAUACUGCAAUGUCAUUCAUGUUAUAAUCACCCGUUCUAAGAAAUGCCAGUUAGUUUUUUAUGCCUAAUCCUGACGAUGACAUAGUCUGCCCUGCUUUGCCUGGUGGUAUAUUACUUUACUUUUACACUUAAUUUAGUUAAGCUUGUUACUUUAUUUUCUAACAUGUCAGUAAGUCAAUCUGUAUUUAAGCCUGUACUUAUAACUAGUGAUGUCGCGAACCGUUCACGAACUUCCCGCGAACGGCUCGCGGCGAGCUCCGGUCAGCUGACACAUCCCGGCCAAUCUCCAGCAGACCCUCCCUCCCAGACCCUCCCACCUCCUGGACAGCAUCCAUGUUGAAGGCAGCUUCAACAUGGAUGCUGCCCAGGAGGUGGGAGGGUCUGGGAGGGAGGGUCUGCUGGAGAUUGGCCGGGAUGUGUCAGCUGACCGGAGCUCGCCGCGAACGGUUCGCGGCAAGCCGCUCGCAGGAAGUUCGCGAACGGUCACGACAUCACUACUUAUAACCUUACCUGACACACAAGACUAAAGCUCAUAAAAGCCUAACUUAGCAUACAAACUACAACUUAACUUUUAAAAAUGUACAGAUAUCUCCAUGUCACUAAUGUACAAACGAUGUGUUUACAUCUCUUAACUCCGCCAUUGUGGCAUAGUCAAACGUUCUGUAAAUCUCAAGCUACGCUCACCCACUGUUUAUAUUUUCUCUUACAGAACUAAAAAUGUGCUGUAUACUCAUAUACCACGUUAUGUUUCAACUGUUCGUUACAUUACUGCUUGUUAGUGCUAUUGUUAUACCAUGUACAUCAAAAAUAAAGAAUUAAAAAAAAAAAUGUAAUUUGUUGUUUGUGGUUUCUGAAAUAAUUUUUGGCUAUUAGAUUCUAGUAAUCUCACAAGAUAUCAACACGGUUUCAGAAAACUCAAGCAUUUUGCUUUACUGUUCAAUUUAUUAUUGCAUGUUUUGUGAUGUGGUUUUUAAAGGAAUACUUUGAGUACUAUAGAUGUUAUAGUACCACGAUUGCCCAAGCAAUCUUUCUGAGUAGGAGUCCCCCGGACAAAGACGCUUUAGUAGUGCCGAAAUGCGCGUCGGAUUACUUUUUCUUUUUUUCUUUUUAUUUUAACACAGCACGCUUCAGUUCACUAUGGCUAUUUAGGAAGCUAGUUUCAAUAGGGGAGAUUUUGUAGACUCUUAGCAAUACGAAAUUGGAGGGAUCCUGGUUGUUUGAUGGGGGGUUCAAAGGGAUAUUUUUAAAGCCUACUCAAUCUGGGUUUUUGGCAGCAUCAAGCCUUCCACUUUUCCUAUUGUUUCUCGUUAGCGACCUGUUAGUUGAAUCUUUAUUUAGCCAGUUCAUGCAAGGCUCCUGUAUGAUAUUCUCAAGGUGCCAUUUGUAGGAUAUGAAUAUCCAUUUUGCUUAAUAUCCUAGCUGUUCGCGGACGACAUGCUCUUUUUCGUCGCAGAACCUCGGACCACACUGCCGGCCCUCCUGCAUGAGUUCGAGCAAUACGGAUGGAUAUCAGGUCUUAAGCAAAACCAAGCAAAAUGUGAAAUACUGGCAAUACGCACCGCAAGGAACACACAGGAGAGACUCCAACGCAAUUACCCUUUCCACUGGUGCAAGGAGCAGAUGCGCUACCUGGGUAUAUGGCUCUCCCGCAACCCGGACAAGACAUACGACAGGAAUUACACACCCGUCCUUCGCAACAUACUGAAAGACCUGAAGAAAUGGUCGUACAACCACAUCUCAUGGCAGGGCCGCAUAGCGGUGGUCAAAAUGAACAUUCUCCCCCGCCUUCUCUAUUGCUUUAGCACCAUCCCUUGGCACCUACCCCAGGACUUUUUUUACCAAGCUCAAAUCAGCGGUAACGAAAUAUGUCUGGAAGGAGGGGAGGCCGCGGCUCAAACACAACAGAUCAUGCCUGCCCAAACCAUGGCUCUACCGGACUUUCAGAAGUACUUCCAAGCGACAGUGCUCCAGAGGAUUCGAGAAUGGCACACGGCCCCCACCAACAAACUGUGGGCGACUCUGGACAGGGAAAGCACAAACAGAGCACCGCUCGACAGGGGUCGCACAAGCUCUGGGUGUGCAAUCCCCCGUUACGCAGACGUUGAAAACCUGGGCCUUCCUGAGAAGGAACACGCACGUCUCACCACAGCCAAGUCCCUUGAUCCCCCUAACAUACAACGAGGCCAUAGGGGGGGGACUGCACGCGAACGCGUGGCCAAUACACAGUGAAGAGGACUUUGUACCUCUGAGCUCGGCCCUGUCGGACGCCAGCCUGUGCAGCCUCCGAGACUGGGCUAACACGGAACGCCUGAUGAUAAUGCACAAAUUCCACUACGCACAGCUGAGGCAUUUCUACUACAAUUUGCCCGAUAGGGGAGCAGUACAUAGAGAACGGAUCUGGUUUGAACACCUCUGCGAGACUUCUCCAGAGGCGGAUGGCAGAGUGUCGGACAUACCAACAACUGCUUACAGGGGAACUCACCAGAAAUAACGCCUUCAAGAGGCAGUGGGAGGAACUGAUGGGCAGAACUUUCACGGACACCCAAUGGGCACAAAUUCUCAUUCUACAGCACAAAAGCUCGAUAAGCACCAGGUACCAAGAGGUGAGCUACAAGCUGCUCACCCAGUGGUACAGAACACCGGCAAAGUUGCACAGGAUUUUUCCAGGGGUCCCGGACACAUGCUGGAGAUGUGAAACACAACCAGGCACGCUCCGCCACAUUUGGUGGGACUGCCCUGAGAUCAAGCCAUUUUGGGAAGAGAUAAACCGGGAAAUCACUGCAAUUCUGGGAGAUCCACCAGAUUUUAGCAUAGAGGCCACACUCCUGCACUUCUUUACAGGACAGCUGGCACAAUACAAACGCUCAAUCCUACGACAUCUGCUCAAUGCAGCCAAAGCACUGAUCCCAGCAAGAUGGAAGCAAACCCAACCGCCCACUAAAACGGAAUGGCUCCAGAGAAUAGAAGAGAUCCAUACAGCCGUGGCGAGAUACGCUGACAUACUCGGGAGGAGAGACAAACAUCUCGAACUGUGGACACCGUGGUACCUGUAUACAUCACAAGCGAGGACAGGGGGUGGAACGGAACACAACAGAGACACUACUCAACAAGAAUAACACAUGCACUCCAACAUACCCUCUCCCCCUCCCCCCCCCCAGACUUGCCACGGCAGGCCAACUCGGGAAACACGAUAGACCCAUACAACAUCAUAGUUCAACCCCAUCCCUAUCAGUUUUAACCCCUUCAGCCCAGCGGGAGGGAGGGAACUAAUAACCUUAUAGUGCCAGGAAAAAGAGUUUGUUUUUCCUGGCACUGUAGUGCUCCUUUAAGGGAAAGUAUAGUGCCAGGAAAAAGUGCCUACGUUCCCCAACCUAUGGUGCAAAAGGAGUUUAAAAACCCUUCUGUCACUUACCUGGGUCCAGCGCUGAUGACACUCGACACUGGUUUGGGUCCACCUUUGCUCCUCCGACAUCAGCUGGCGGGUAGACCUAAUGUGCAUGCGUGGCAAUGGCCGCUCUCAUUAGGAUUUCCCCAUAGGAAAACAUUCUACAGUGUUUUCCUAUGGGUAUUCUGGUGACGGCGGGUUUCCUCAUGCAUAGCAUAAGGAUGUCCAGCAUUAGGAGACCAGAGGUCCCUCUAGUGCCUGUCUAGACAGCCACUAGCGAUGGCGUAACUCCACAAAGCUAAUUACUGCACUUUUAUAAAUAAAGCUGCAAUAAUUAGCGUUGUAGCAUUAAAGGUGCUGGGACAGUGCACCCAGACCACUUCGAUGAGCUGAAGUGGUCCGGAUGCUUAUAGUGUCCCUUUAAAUGGUUUCACCACUUAUUCUGGAAAGGCAUCAGGGCACUCCUGACACCAUAACCACUAGUGGGCUUUUCUUGAGCUACCUAGAAAUUCUGAAUCAUAUGGUACACAUUUAAUGUCAGUUAUUUGCCUGUCUGUGUUUGUGUAUCCUCUUCACAGCCCGUUUCAACGUCAUUUAUUGAUUUAUGAAUCCAUUUUAAUAAUUUCUAUUAUUGCUGGCAGCGUUUGUUUCUGGGUUGUUUUUCUUUCUAUUUUAAGAUGUUUGUUCCCUCUGUCUCUGGUUUCAGUAAUAAUAAAGCAUGUCCCUCUUUCAGAUUACGAGAACUGUGUGUAAAGCUAAUGUUCUUACAUCCUGUGGAGUAUGGACGCAAGGCUGAAGAAGUCCUCUGGCGAAAAGUUUAUUAUGAAGUUAUUCAGCUCAUCAAGAACAACAAGAAGGUAAAGACGCAGAGCACACAGCAGCACACAGUCAGACCCUCACUGGGUGUGAUAGUAUUCAUCUAUGGUUCCUCAUCUCUUUAUAGGGCUGCAUUUCUUAUAAUUGCUUUCAGAAAAUUAAAGGUUAGUGUUCAGAACCAGCUAAAGAUGCAAGGUUACUCAGAUCAGAAGCUGUAAUAAAAUAGACUGAACAAUGCGCAGCUAGAUGAUUACAGUGUCACACUGGUGACUACAUUUAAGAGACAGUUGCAACAUUGCAGGAAUAUUAGUUCAAGAUAAUUUUUUCUUAAAGGAACACUGCAGAAACACAAAGAACCACAGAUUUUAAAUAUUAAUUUACACUUUUAUAAAUUAAUCUGUUACACCCCCCGGUUGUCAAUUAGACACCUGGUCCUGCUAGUGGAGCUAAACUCAAGAGACAGGCAGGGCUUCUGCUUUGCAAACACCUAGCAUUGAGCUGCAUUGGGAAGUCUUUGAUUGGACAGACACAAAAAAUAUGGGCUGGGGAAGAAGGGGUUAGGGCUUGCAAAGGCUGAAGACAAGAUAUCUUCAGCAUUUUUCUUGUAUUACAGCAGCGGAGUAUAAGACUAUUUUACGGGUUUAAGAGGCUGUCUCCUUUUUCACAUUUUAUAAAAGUAUUUAUUUUAAGAAGAAUCUACUAGCUAUUGUCUAAGUUCAUUAUGUAUAUAUUUAAUAACAAAAAAAAAUUGGUAAAAGCUCACUCCAGCCUACAAUGUUUCUUUAAAGUUUUUUCAGGUAUAUGCUAACUUGGGGUGCUCUUGUGAUAGAUGCAGGGAAUGCAAUGACUGAUGCAACUGGUGUAUGAAUCUGUUUUUAAAAAGUCCAGCACUAUUUCCUUGAACGCUUGCAGGCUUCUCUUUGCAGUUUGAUUUUAGGAGUAUCCUUUAUUUAGAUAUGAAGCAUAUAUGCAGUUUGGGUCAUGAAGUCUUGAGAUUCAAUGUUGCACAGACUUACACUAAUACAGCCUUUAUACAAUACAACGUACCACAAAUUGAAUUACAUAAACUGUUAUAUUGUCUUUUGUCUCCAAAGCACAUCCAUAGCCGCAGUGCCUUGGAAUGCGCAUAUCGCACUCAUCUGAUUGCAGGAGUCGGGUUUUACCAGCACCUCCUGCUCUACAUCCAGUCACAUUACCAACUUGAGCUACAGUGCUGCAUCGACUGGACCCAUGUCACGGACCCUCUCAUUGGUCAGUCACUGUCUUAUUAAUAACCUCACUAAGGGAGGCUCUUAUUGAUUGGACCCAUGUCACGGACUCUCUCAUUGGUCAGUCACUGUACCUUAUUAAUAACCUCAGUAAGGGAGUCUCAGAUUAUCGACUGGACCCAUGUCACGUACCCUCUUAUUGGACAGUCACUGUGCCUUAUUAAUCACCUCACUAAGGGAGGCACAGAUUGCAACAGACCAAAUAGUAUUUAACAAUAAACUUGGCACAGCACAUAGUGAUUCACCCAUAUUAAAUGCAUUGCACAUUCGGUUCUUAUUUUAGUUCUUUGUGGCAUAUUUUGCCCAAUAAAUGAAACUAUAGGUAUUGUGCACAAGCUAUACAAAUCCUUUAUCUGCUAGGGUGAAACUGGCUCUCUAUGGGACACCAGCUAUUUUGUGUAUAGUGAUCUUUGUGCAGACUUUUUAUUAGCGACGGUUCAUUUCUUGGGUUUUUGUAGCUCAUGACUUCAGAAUCAUUCUUUUAACAGUCCCUGAAUAUGAUUGUGUGAUUUCCAUUCCUCUUCCAGGCUGUAAGAAGCCAGUGUCUGCCUCUGUGAAAGAAAUGGAUUGGGCGCAGAUGGCGUGUCACAGAUGUCUUGUGUACCUAGGAGACUUGGGUAAGAUUGAUUUGUGCUGCUCAUAUUUUUAAUGAGACACUAUAGGCACCAAAAUAACUUUAGCUUUACAUAUCAUACCCCUGCAGUCUCACUGCUCAAUUCCCUGUCAUUUAAGAGUUAAAUCACUUUGUUUAUUCACACCACCUGGCAUGUGACUUACACAGCUUUCUUAAACACUUCCUGUAAAGUCAUCUAAAGUUUACAUAUCCUUUAUUGAAAAUUUUGUGUAACGUAGAAUUUCUUCUCUCCUGCUUUAAUAGCUUGCUAGACCCUGCAGGGGCCUCCUGUAUAUGAUUAGAUUUCAAUUUACAGAGCAGGAGUUAAACAUCUUUAAAGUAAGUUAACAUCUGAUUGAAAAUGUAAACCUUCUUUUUUUAAAUGCAGGCUGUGUCCGUCACAGCCUGGGGAGGUGAGACUAGGGUUGCAUAAAAAGAAAUAAGAGAUUUAACUCCUCAAAUGGCAGAGGAUUGGGCAGUGAAACUGUAGGGGCAUGAUCUAUAUACAAAGACUGCUUAAUCUAAAGUUGUUUUGAUACUUAUAGUGUUCCUUUAAUUGAUUGCAAUGUAUUAUCUAUACAUUUUAACUAGUUAUCAUAUUCUAGCAAAGAGUAAUGAACUAUAACUUCAUAAAACACAGAAUUCUGAGCCUGUUUUUUCCGCUCUGUAGCACGCUAUCAGAACGAGUUGGCUCUGGUGGACACUGAAAAGCUGGCUGAGAGGUUUUACUAUCAAGCACUAACUGUUGCACCCCAGAUCGGUAAGCUGACUUUUCAGUUAUUCCUUUUUAUGCAUCAUCACUUUCUGCAUUAAGGUGUACCUGGCUGUAAUGGGUGGGGGGAGUCCUUUCUGACCCACGGAACUGACAUACUGUAAUCUCUGUAAAUCAAGACACUCAUUCGUGCCAAUGCAGUCAUAUUAUCUAGAUUUUAUCUCAAAGGAUGUUCGAUUUAGAUUUGGUCAGUGCCUGUGUACGGUACCCACUCUGUUUACUCCCCUUGUAAAGUGUGAAUGUUUGGAGUGCAUACUAUGAAGCGGCAAUGAAAGGGGCAGACCACUGGGGCUCGCAGAACAAAAGCCUUUUUUUUUUUUUUUUUUAAAUGUACUAGUGUCACAGGUUUGAUUUGUAUGGGUUUUUGGUUUUUUUUUGACUCGAUGUUCCAUUAAACUGAGAAACACAUUCAUAUAUCAGUAUGUCUGUUUCAGACUGUUCUGUGGCUAGCUUCAUUAAUGAGUAAUGAAUAGCAUGCAUAAUAAGAAACACUCGAGGAAUGUCAUGCUCAGGUUCCCAAACCGCUUUUUCUUGUAACAGGAAUGCCAUUUAACCAGUUGGGCACGCUGGCGGGAAGCAAGUACUAUCACGUGGAAGCUACCUACUGUUACAUGCGUUGGUGAGUCUUUGAUCUACCGCUGACCCACCCUUUGGGCAAAAUUUGUAUUUAUAGCAUGUAGUCUAUGGCCAAAUGACAUUCUUUCAGUGCUGUUCCGUAGUUCUACCAGCAGAGGGGGCAUGUUCCCAGCAUAACGCUCCCAAGAAAUGUUGACUUGCACAGAAUACAUUACAGAAAUCAGUUGUGGAACACUAGCCAUGUAAUUUAACCAUUUGUUAUCUUUUGUUAAAGAUCUUUUUUUUUUUCUUCUUGUAAUGUUUAAAUAUUUCUGUUUCCCAGUAGACCUUUAUGAUUGAUCUCAUGUAUACCUUUCUUGUUCGUAAAAUAUUCCUUCACAUGCUGGGAGUUUGCGGGUUCUUGGCUGUUCCUAGAAUUGCACUCUUCUGGGUAGAGCUUCAAAUACCCCAUCUGGAAUCUGCUGAAGCCACUCUCCUAACUUUGGCGGUUGGGGGUCACUGCCUCAAGUGCUCUUGUCAUAAUUGGGACUAUUCCUACCUUCACUUUCCACAUUCUGUCUAGCUCCUCUUUCAGCCCUUGAUAUUUGGGACAGCCAGUUCCAAGAUGUUUGUUCCCCUGCAAAUGUUUGUUAUAUACUGCCCUCCCCGGCUCCCCUAGGUUCUCAUUAGCUAAACUUGAUCUUAACUCUUGUCCAUCUCUACCUUCUCUUGCCCCUCUCUGGCUAUCUCCUAGUAUAACACUACCCUCACCUCUGAACUGGACACUGCAGCCAUGCUCUAAACAUACAACUCUCAUACAGAGAUGCUCCCUUUCAGUUGAACGCUCCUCGAGGACAUCUGGUGUCUUAUCAGACUUUCUCCAUUAGAAAAUCAUCUUACAGCACAGUCCCUUACCAUUGCUAAGAAAUCCUACUUUUCCUCCCUCAUUAGUACAUACUCUCAGAAUCAGUGUCUCUUUGAUACUUCGCACUCUCUUUUUCGUCAUGCCCUCACCACCCCCAAACUAUCCUUUCAGCUGAGAAGUUUGUAUGCUAGUUUAUUGGCAAGAUUCAUCAGUUAAGGAAAGAAUCCCCCCAGAGUUGGACUAUGCCUUUCCAACCCUUCAGUCACUCUUACUGCCUACUGAACAGUUUAAGGCUACCUUCCUGCUUAUUCUUGCCCCACCACUUGUCCACUCAAUCCCAUUUCAUCUUGCGUUACCAGAUCUUUUUCCGCUUGUCUUGUGCCAUCCUUGAAGCACAUCUUCAACUGCUCUUUUUUCUGUUGUCCACACUCUCCUUAAACAUGCUACUGUUGUAUCCAUCGUAAAAAAGCAAUCUCUUGACCCAUCUAAACCUUCUAACUACCAUACCAUAUCUCUGCUCUCUUUAUCCUCAAAGGUUAUGGAACUACUGGUCUUUACAUUUCUGACAUACGUUCUCAACUCCAACACUCUCCUUGAUCCUUUUCAAUCUUUUGCCCCCUCUAUUCUACUAAGACCACUCUAAGUAGUAAUAAGAAAUCUAAUCAAGGCUAGAUUCAAAGGCAAAUACUAAACAUUAAUUCUUCUAGACCUCUAUGCUGCCUUUAACACUGUUGAUUAUGCUCUCCUUCUUCAAACUCUUCCCACUCUCGCUCUCCGUGACAAUGUCCUUUCGUGAUUCUCGUCCUCUCUAUCCCCACGUUCAUUCAUUGUCUCCUUUUCCUAUAACUCCUCCUCCUCUUAUCCUGUCUCAGUUGGAGUCUCCAAAGGCUCUGUUCGCUGUCCAUUUUUUUAAAUGUAUUUUAAUUUUUUAAAUAUUGCAUCCCAUCCCACAGCAAACUUGUUAAAGGACCACUAUAGUGCCAGGAAAACAUACUGGUUUUCCUGUCACUAUAGUACCCUCAGGGUCCCCCUCCCGGCGGGCUGGAUGGAGAGGAAGGGGUUAAACUUACCUCUUUUUCCAGCUCUCCUCCUCCUCCCCGCCUCCUCUUCGGCUGAAUGCGCAUGCGCGGCAGGAGCCCCGCGCGCAUUCAGCCAGUCCAUAGGAAAGCAUUCACAAUGCUUUCCUAUGGACGCUGGCGUCUUCUCACUGUGAAAAUCACAGUGAGAAGCGCGGAAGCCCUCUAGCGGCGGUCAAUGAGACAGCCACUAGAGGCUGGAUUAACCCAUGUAUAAACAUAGCCGUUUCUCUGAAACGGCUAUGUUUAUAGAAAAAAGGGUUAAACCUAGCUGGACCUGGCACCCAGACCACUUCAUUAAGCCGAAGUGGUCUGGGUGCCUAUAGUGGUCAUUUAAUUCAUUUGUAUUCCACUGCCACUUGUAUGCUGAUGACACCCAGAUAAAUCUCUCUCUUCCUGACCUAAACGUGCCAACAGUAGUCUCUGUUCCAUCUUUGAUUGGAUGUCCUCCCACUUUCUAGAACUCCAUUUUAAACUAAAUCAAUCUAAAACUGAGCUUCUUCUCUUCCUUUGUCAUAAUGCUAAUCCUCCUCUUUCACUCUCCCUGCAUCAGCUGUCAUUGCAAGCUUGCUCUCUUAGUGGUAUCUUUAACUCUUUCCUCACCUUUAUGCCUUGCAGCCAGUCUGUUACCAAAUCCUAAAAAUUCUACCUUACAAACCUAGCCCAACAUCUGCCCUUUUCUUACACAAGAUUCUACUAAAAAGCUUGUUCACGCUCUUGUAAUAGUUUUCAUUGAUUAGUGUAAUUCUCUCCUAAUUGAAUGCAGAUGCCGGGCUGAUUUCUCCUUUAUCGCCUCUCACACACCUCUCCCCUCUGUCAAUCCUUAAAUUGUCCUCCUGUACCCUAUAGGAGUCAAUUUAGUAUAUUAACCGUUAGCGAUAAAUCUCUAAACAACUUAACCCACCACUACAUUUCUUCCUGAGUGAGUGUAAGCCCCUUUUCAGUCGCUCCUCUCUGCCGGUGACCUUUUUCUUACCCGCUGCUGCUACCUGUCCUUACUCGCUCUUGCAGGACUUCUCGCGGUCAGUUCCACUCCUUUAGAACAACCUGCCUACUCCCAUCACACUCUCCACAAGUCUUCAAUCAUUUAAGUCCCUCAAAACCCAUCUCUUUGGAUUAAUUUACUGCCUCCCAGGUUAACUGUUAUUUCACAAACAUGGAGCUCACUCUCUUAAAGGGCCACACUCCACUUUCACCUUCUAAAUCUGCUACAUUCCUGCCCUGUUUCUUGGUUGCUUUGCCCACGCUGCCCGUCAUAUUGUGUUUCUUUAUCUCACCUCUAGAUUGUAAGUUUUUUCAAGCAGGGUACUCAUAAACCUGUUGUUCCUGUAACAAUUUGUAAUUGUCUCAUUUAUUGUUAAAUUUCUCCUUUUUAUAAUAUUAUAAACUUCUGCAGAAUAAGUUGGCACUACAUAUAUAUUCCAAAAUUAAUAAUAUCCCCCCACUGGAUUAUCAGGGCUAGAGGAAAGGAUGCUCUGGGUAGAGACCCCAGUUUUUAAAAUUACUUUGUGUGUCGUGAUUGGGUUAUCACUUAAGUCCCUUGGACAAGUAGGUUUUUUGUUUUUAUUCCUCCUCAAAAAAAGCUGCACGUUAUCAAAGUAUAAUUCUGCAAUCAAUUUAUUAGAUCAGCAUUUCAGUUUUGUAUGGCAAACUUUUAUCGUAACAAAAUGAAAGUAUGCCAUGUCGUACUGAAACUCUGACUUAAUGGGGGGAGUCUUCUAUUACAAGAUUUUUUGUGUUUAUGUAUAACGUGCAGUGCUCUCAUUUUAUCUAUUAAUUUUGGAGUUACCAGAAAUAGUACAUAUAGUUGAUCAUAUUAUGUUUGUUUUCUUUUCUGAACAUAACCACUACGAUGAGCUUAAAAUGUCCCUAUAACACAAGUUCUCUAAAUGGUGUUAAAUUUAAAUAAAACAAAAAUCUGCUGUAGGAAUUUGUUAACCAAUUGGCACUCACCACCAGCUCUCUCUACAUUUUUCAGUAUCCAGUCUGAGGUGUCUUUUGAUGGAGCUUACGGUAACCUGAAGAGACUGUACAACAAAGCGGGGAAAACCUAUCAUCAACUGAAGAAGUGUGAGACCAGGAAACUUGCCCCCAGCAAAAAAAGGUGAGAGUAAUAGCUUGCUGCUAGGCACGUUACAAUCACCUUGUAAGUAUUCAAAGGAAUAUUCACGGUUAGGGCUGAGCAAAUCAUAAAUCCUUGUAAAAGCUGGCAAAAGUAUUGAGGCAGUUGUUGUUUGUAAUUCUAAAACAUCUGGGGAUCUACUUUUUGGCAAAGACCUGCGUUGGCUAAUCAAUGCAUAUAUGUUUUUUAAAUUCCUAAGUAUAAUGCAUUAAAAAAAACAACCAUGAAUUCAUUUUUUUUUCUCUUUUAAAACUGGCUUUAUUAAGCUGAUCCUCCAAUUUGCUGUCCAAUAAUAUCCUUGUUUGUGACAGUUCAGUGACUUGAUUUUUCACAGAGAAGCAUUUGAUUGGACAGCUGUCAACCAAUCUAGUGUUUCACACAGAGAAGCACAGGACAUCAAUUGGCUGAGAGCCUGGCACACAACAGUCAGGUAUUUGGGAGGGUUAGGCAGCAAAGCACAACCUACAUUAACAGUCAUGCUUACAUUGCAGUAUCUGCAGGUUCUGGCUGUGCAUACUAACAGCAAAUGCUCAAGUUAUAGAAAUUCUGCCUAGUCCACUUGUGGCUCUGGUUCAACGCAGACUGAUGUGUGUUGACGGUGGAGGAGUUGCACCAUAAUAAUUACUUUAACGUGUCUAUUUUUAAUUUAUUUUUUUUAAAUGCAUUUUUUUAUUUGGAAUGUCUGAUAUUAGCAAAUACCCUGAUUAGAAACAAUAAAGAAAACACUUGGAUAAGUUAGGUAAAUUCAUGGUAUAUAAGAUUACAAAAAAGAAAAGAAGUAAAUCGGGACCUGCUCCAAAAUAGACAGAUAGGUACUGAGAAAGAUUACCUAAAAAGUAUUAGAAUAUUCAAUGACCGUUAAAAUUGUUAAAGAAGCAAUUGUAUAAUUUUAUUAGUAUAUAGACAAAAAAAAACACACACGUGAAAAAAACAAACAAGUGUAUAUAAACAUUAAAGUGCCGAAACACGCGUCGAGCGCAUGCUUUAGAUUUUAUUUUACUUUGGGAAGUGUUAGUACGUGGGGUACUUGCCUAUAUUUUAGUCCUACUGUCUUUAAUUAUCCAACAGACGCUCCUAAUACUAGUAUUUACUUUACACUAGACCAGGCUUCCCCAAACUCCGGCCCUCCAGAUGUUGCUGAACUACAACCCCCAUGAUUCUCAGCCUGUCUAUUUCAUUCAAAGAAUCAUGGGAGUUGUAGUUCAGCAACAUCUGGAGGGCCGGAGUUUGGGGACGCCUGCGCUAGACUAUUAUGUAUGAUUGUUCUCGAGGAGUACAUUAGAAUAGGGGCUGCCUCAAAGCAGCAUUUAGUGCUAGUACAGAUAAGUGUUUGAUCGGCUGGAGAGGUGGAUACUCUUGCAAUCUAAUAUUAGGAAUUUAUUGCUUUUAUUACCAUUUAUAUUCUCAUAUUGAAUCUCCAAUGACCUUAUACUAUAGUUUGCUGUAUACCUUCUAGUGUUGCUAGUUCUUUAGCUUCAUUAAAAGGCUAAAUUAGUCAAAUUCUAUCAGGGCUGCCUGAAAAUAGCAUUGUAAGCUAGUACAGACUAAACCUGUAACAGCCUAAGAGGUGGAUUUAAUGGGAAUCGAAUGUCAUAGUAGUACUGUCUUUUACUAUAUUCUAUACUACUAAUUCUAUACACUAAAACACUAUCCUUUAUAUAUCGUAAUUCGGGUGUAUUCUCUCUAGUGCUGCUAGACAUUCUAACAGAUUGUUGCUAAGUGUCUAGCAAUUUAGUGGUAUUUAUAUCUUAAAUGACAUUUACACCUCUGUUUACCGCUAUUCACUUCCUGAUAACAUUACCUAAGUUAGUAGGUGAACCACAACUGGUUUGAACGACUAAAACCCUGCUAGUCUCCCAGUCCUAAUUGAAAUUGACUUGUGAUACACUGCAGCAUACUGUUCUUAGGUAUAGACACCUAAAAUUGCCUACUACGGGACAGUGGCUCAAGUUUCCAAAUAGGCUGUUGCUUUCUUAUGAUAAGACUAUAUAUCUGUGUGUCUAUAUUUUGCCGUUCAUUCAUCAUACAGUUGGACCAUCUGUCUACCUAUUUAUCCCUAUCUAAUCUUCUGUAUUUUUACUAUUUAAAUUGCAACAUUAGUUUGAUACUUAGUUCGUUACUUGUAUAAUGCAAUUUGAAUCAGCAGGUUUGCAAUAUUGUUAACUACAUAGAUACAUGUAUAAGCCUUCUCUGAACCCUUUAGAUUCAUAUCUCUAAUAUCUUCCCAAUUUUACCCCCUUUUUUCACUUUCAUGUUUAUAUACACUUGUUUUGUUUUGUUUUUUCACAUGGUUGGUUUUUUUGUUGUCUAUAUACGAAUACAAUUGCUUCUUUAGGAAUUUUAACUGUCGUUGAGUACUCUAAUACUUUUUGGGUAAUCUUUUUCGGUACCUAGCUGUCUAUUUUGGAGCAGGUCCCAAUUUACUUAUUUUCUGAUGCAUUUAAGCCUCUCUGUAUACCUAUAACCAAUACGACCCCAAGGGGGAUUUCUUCUCCCUUACGGAGUUCGUCUUUUAUAUAAGAUUACAAAAAAAAUGUAAUAUUCCAAAACAAUUUUAAUUCUCUCUAUUAUAGAGAAAAAGGGAAUACAAACUCGUUCAUCGUAAUGUUUAGCCACCGUUUUGUCUUGUCAGUCUCCUCACAUAUGUUUUCCACCCUGUCCCUCUCUGAACAAGGCAUAUCGACGAUCUAAAUGAUAGAACCCUUCAUUGUCUUUUGUAAAAAGUAAGGUGCUGGUUUGGGGCAUGGGGCAGUUACCCAGACUUGGAGGUAACAAUAGGCCAUGAAUAAUCACGUGUUCAGUUAUGUGAUAAAGCUAUAGGGCCUAUAAGCCCUAAACCUAAACGGUUUAGGAAGGAGUUGUUGUCCAAGGUGGGAAGUAUUUCUUAAAUUAAAAUUUCUUUGGUGGUCAAAGUGUUCAUCUAAUCCAUUUUGAAUAGAAAGUUGAGUUUGGUUAAGAAUAGAUGCAGAAAAGGUGCAGCUGGCUGGCUCCAAAACUGGAGUGUUGCUUUGCGCGGAAGGGAUCCCAAGACCAAAAACCCUGGAUUAAGAAGCGAAGAGGGCAUGUUUUGGUUGUCAAAGUGGUGAUUUAUGUUCUUCCAAAAGGACCUGAUAAGGCUGUACCCCCAGAGACAGCGAUAUAAGUGAGCAUUGUGUGUGUGUAUUUUAAACAGGCUGCUGAGUCUUUGCUAGCCGUGAGCUAAAGGUGGUGUGGAGAAUAGUAGGCAUAAUUAAUGCUUUUAAAGAACUUGUCUUGCUAGGAGACAAUGGGUAAGAGUUGGUAUUGGAUGUUGUGUGCAAUGAAGAUAUCUGUUGGACUGACAUCAGAAAGAUGUGUUCUCCAUCUGCCUAAUCCUGUUUGUAUCAUGUCCCAGUUUGGAGUAUAUAUUUUGAGGGAGUAAUUUGGGAAUAGAGUAUGAGGCAGGGUGUGAGGUUCAUAAUAGAGUAUCCAAUGGGUUCUCCCAAUCAACAGGUGCAAGGUGUUAUAUGAUCGUUUCGAAAUAAUGACACACCAUGGUAGUAGAAGGUCUGGGAAAUGCUCCCUAAUAUCUUCCAGGGAUAUAAAUUUAUGGCUGGACAAGUCGACUAAAGAGCUGAUACCUCAGGUAACCCGUGUUGUGAAGGAUUGAUGGUUUACCUUUAAAAUCAGGGUUGUUAAUCAGGGGUACAGGUAUAAGUGUUGGCUCCUAAUUUGGAACGAGAUAAUUUCCAGUAUUUAAUAGGGACAGCCACUAGAAGGUUAGAAAGCACAUUGUCUGGUAAAAAGUUGCGUGGAAUUUGUCUGUAUUUCCAGUGUUUCUGGAAGAUACGCUUCACAUAUAGAAUCCUUGCGCUCUCACCACUUCCACCAUGAGUGGUUAUAGUGCAUAUAUACUCCUUAUAACAUUUACCUGCUUAUAGCAUUGGGACAUGUAAAAACAUGGCUAACCUCAUUCCCUGGUAUAGUUGCAUACUGUAUAAUUAAAGGAAAAUGUGGCUUUAUUAAGAAAACUAUUGAUUGUUGAAGUUUUGACCUCUGAUAUAAAAAAGUGCUCUAUUUUGUAUCCUUAAGGUAAGUGGCUUCCUUGUGUCUUCUCGUAAACUUUCAGCAUUUCUGCCCUGUAAUGUUUUGUUACCACAGUGCUUGCGAAUGAUAAAACAAGAUGGCUGCAAGGUAAGCAGCCAGACUUGCAAUGCAUUUUGGGAGAUAUUUUUGGAAAGCCUGCCCAUGUGUUGAAAAUAAUAUAAAGAUGAUGAAUUUUGAUAUUUUUCUUUUGUUUUUUUUCAGAUGCAAGGAUAUAAAGCGAUUUCUUGUGAGUUUCAUGUAUCUACAAAGCCUGUUGCAGCCAAAGAGUAGGUGAGUACCUGUUGUCCACACCUUCACAGUGUUUCCAGUUGGACUGGUUGUGUGGAAAUCUCACUGGCUGAAUUAGAUGUCUCAACCAGACAUCCCUUUUUAACCUCCGUGCUCAUCCUUGCAAGUCCUGCUUGCUGUAGGAUCACCGAAAAGGCAUUUGCAGCCAAUAGGAGUUAACUUUUGUGUUCUGAAAUGUUUCCUUGUCUGAAACACAGCAGGUGAUCAGGUUGAGCUAGAAUAAAUUAAGAGCGAUAGCUUAUAUACACAGCCAGCCAGAUUAGACACCCAUGAUUUAAAGAAAAAGGUUUUAAAGUGAUUCUCUGGACUUCUAUCCCCUUCUGUGUAGCACACAAUGUAUUCUCUGUUUAUAUCAGAUUCCGGAAUGUACUAUGACAUUCUGUCCUUUCUAUGUCUCCAGCUCUGUGGACUCUGAAUUGACCUCCCUUUGCCAGUCGGUCCUUGAAGACUUUAACCUCUGCAUGUUCUACUUGCCUUCAUCUCUCAGUCUGAGCUCAGCCAACGAGGACGAGGAGGAGUAUGAUGGGGGAUAUUCCUUCCUACCUGAUUUGCUGGUCUUUAGGAUGGUGGCUAUCUGUCUGAUGAGCGUCCACAGUUUAAAGCGUGCAGGUAGCAGUAUUGGAUCACAUUUAAAACAUUGGUGUAUCUACUAAAUACUAUAUAACUGUAGUAAGCAGAAAACUAAACGUAAGAACUGGUGGCAAGAUAGCCAAUCUGUGUCUAUAACAGAGUUUGGCACUUUUUACAGAUCGGCUGUUUUAGCCCUUAUUUGAAAAGGACUGAUUACACACUGCCAUGCGUAUGCUUACUGUCACACUCUAACAAUGCCAUUAUAUUGGAGGAAUACUGAUGUGGUAUGGUGUUAUUCUAUAGCAUUACUACUGCAGACGGGGAUUCUGGGUAACAACCUGCCUUGCCCUAUAAUUAAACCCUGUCACCACUGCAGCCAGAGAUUUUAGGUAAUAAAUUGGUUGCACUAUAAGGAGCUCCUAUUGCAGCAGGGGAUCACCUUGAUCGAGUACAUUUGAACAGUUUACCAAGUGAACAUUCUUUUUCUUCUGAUCUUCGCAGAUUCAAAGCAGUACAGCGCUGCCAUUGCAUUCACCCUUGCACUUUUCUCGCAUCUGGUUAACCACGUUAACAUAAGGCUGCAAGCUGAGCUGGAGGAGAGUCCCGUGCCUGCAUUCCAGAACAACAGCCCAGGUGGGAUUUCCUUCUGCCAACUUGUAUGACCUCUGUCCAUCACACUCCUGUUACUCUGGGUGGGAAUCUAAGAAACAGCAAUGUUUACUGUAUUUCUUGUUCAGUAAGGUUAUGUCUUCACUAUUUCCUCUGACUAGUUACCUCUUUCUACUUCAGAUGACCCAGAUACGAAAGAGAUUUCAGAAGUUAUUGAGAGAGACCCGGAAACGGAGCCAGAAAUACCCGUUAACCAGGUCACCAAACAGCCAAAGCCAAAGAAUGGCAAGAAAAGCCACAAGUACUCGCGCCUGUCUCGACUUCGUAGGCGAAGGCAUGCUCGAAAAGUGGAUGAGAGUGACUUGAGCGAAGGCUUUGACUCUGAUUCCAGCCAUGGCUCAGCCAAAGGUAGUGACAUUUCUGAAAGUGCGUCCGAGAAGAGCGAUGAAGAGGCUGCUUUUGAUAUGGAGACAGACUCCGAUAUGAACAGUCAAGAAUCACGUUCUGACUUGGAGGAUAUUGAGGACGACAACGUGGAGGAGAAUGCGUGCGCAAAGGAAGCAAAGGGCCCAUCAGAAAUCUCAACAGAGGAGCCAGAGUUGAAGACUGUAAACUCUGCAAAGACCGAGAGUCAUGAACUCCCGGUAAAUGGAUCUGGAGUGGCCUCUAGUGAAUCCAGUAUAGCGAGCAACCUGCAGGCUAUGUCUACCCAGAUGUUUCAAACCAAACGCUGCUUCCGUCUGGCACCGACGUUCACCAAUCUGUUUGUGAAGCCUGUGCCAGAACCGGCCCCCCCUUGCUCUGAAGAGCCGGCCCCAGUAGUGAAUGGGGAUGUGGAAAAGUCAGUCUCACUGGAACAAGGUAAAGACUGGGGAACGCUAGAGAUCAAGUAGUUAUUCCUUGCAAAAAAUGUUUGGUUAAUAAGUUGCCUACCAGCUUUCUGUUUUCUUUGACCAAUGUUGGGUGUAAUUAGGUUAACCAAACAAAAGUAAUAAUAUUUAUUACAUGGAAGAAAGGUCGCUUGAUGAAGUGGUGUUGAUCUAUCUGAGCUCAUGUUUGUUCUAGGUGUUUGUUUUUUGUUAUAUUUUGAUGCCGAGACCUCUUGUUACCAUAAUAAAUAGAAAAUUUGAUGUGAAAAUUUAAGCAACAAAGUAUUUUGCAGAUGUCAGUUUUCUGUGGAUGUAAGAAAAUGCUAGAUUUAGUCCCCAGGAUUGAUUAUCUUUUUUUUUUUAUCAUUUCGUUAUCCUCUAAAUUCAAGAUGCUUCGGAUUCUGAUGAGAGUGUCCUGAGCAGCAAAUCGUGCCGUAACGAGAGAACGAUCCAGGAAAGGUUGGAGGUCAUCACAAGCGAGGGGCUGCUGACCAGUGUCAAAAUCUUUCUGGAUUGGCUGAGGGCCAACACGGAUAUAAUUGUCAUGUGUGCACAGGUACAUAACAUAAUGCUUUGAUUAACAUGAGACACUUUUUAUUAGUCUGUUUUUUAACCCCUUAAGGACACAUGACAUGUGUGAUAUGUCAUGAUUCCAUUUUAUUCCAGAAGUUUGGUCCUUAAGGUGUUAAAGGGGGAAAAAAAGUGUUGUCUUAAAAGCCUAUAACAGAAAUGUGUUAUUAGGCUUGUACAAUUCAAAGUGAAGCCAUGAUUCAUCAACAAGAGAGGAUCCUUCUUAUUACUCCAUAUUAAGCCCUUUGCCCCAGAAUUACUCUCUAUAUAUAGUUACAUAGGCUGAAAAAAGACUUGUGUCCAUAAUGUUGAAACAUUCUCACAUGUUUCUGCUGCUGAUCCAAAAGAAGGUGAAACUAUUCCUUCUCAACCCUAGAACGGCAGUCAGAUCUCUCCUUGGGUCAAUGAGCUGUUGCCUCACGUUUUAAAUAUGGUAUCUUUCAAUAUUAAGUAUUUGCAAGAAUGUGUCCAGUCACUGUUUAAAAAGCUGUAUAGACUGAUAAAACCACCUCUUCAGGCAGAGCAUUCCAUGUUUGUUACUGUAAAGAACAUUUUUGCUUUGCCUUAGACCAGUGAUGGCUAACCUUGACACCAUAAAUUGUUUCUGGACUACAUUUCCCAUGAUGCUCAGGAACAAUUCAUGGUGUCAGGGUUAGCCAUCACUGCCUUAGACGUUGUCCUUUCUUCCAGUCUAAAUGAGAGACCCUUUAGAUAUGUUAUCAUAAUCUAGCAUUUAAUAGGCACUAUGUGCAAGUUAGAAAGUUUGAAAAUAUUGUGUAUUUCACUUUUUUGGGGGGUAUCCGAUGAGUUAGGACCCUAUAGAAUGUUUCUGACAUGAUUUGAUUAAACAACUCUUGGAUUGGGUGGAGCUAAAUUUGACAGGUGUGACUGACCAACUUUAUGCUGUUGUUUUUUUUUCUGUGUAGAACUGUGUUGAUUAAAUGUUAAGGAAUUAAAUUGAAUUUCUGUGUUAAAUAAACAAAAUUGUUUUUAUUCCUUCAGAGCUCCCAGAGUUUGUGGAACCGAAUAUCAGUCCUUUUAAAUCUCUUACCUGCUGCUGGAAAGAUUCUCGACUCUGGUACGUGUAAAUCAUGGAGUAAUUUAGUGUUCGGGUAUUACUGUUUAUUCCUGCUACUGGAACUGAUUUAUUCUAUAGUAUGGCUAACUGAAACCUUUAUUUCCUUGUACCCAGCAAUCUCUUCAUGUCUGGGAUUAUAAUAUAAACUGUCCAUUAUUACAGGGAUCACACUGUGUAAUGAGGUGAAAAACCUUCUCCCGGAAUCAGAAUUCCCAGAGAUCCGGCAACACCUGUUGCUCCCUGAGGACACAGCAUUGCGGAACCUCCCUCCUUUGAGAGCUGCACACAGGAAGGUCAACUUCGAGCAAGAGAGACCCGUACUCACUGUACUGGAAGAGGUAUGCAGUGCUUAUGUUUGAUGGAGUUAUUGUUUUAUUUAUUUCUAAAUCCUAUUAAUCUAUGAUUAAGUCCCAGUCCAUGGACCGGAAGUGUCAGAUAAACUAUUGUUUCGUGUUUUGCUGUUUUUUUUGUUGUUUUUUUUAUAAUAACGUUUUAAAACCGUGAUCCUUGCCACAUGUUUAUAGAGUACAGUAUCUUCAAUUUACAUUGUUCUACAAGCCUUACCGGACUACACCUCGCCAAGUGUUCGUUAGAUUACCACGAUUAAACAGUUAGUUUGCUGAAUCAACUUAAAUCUUUUUCAUACGUGAAAAAUAUUCACAUGCGCUCAGGAUGUUUCAGACAACAUUCAUAUCCUUUUAGAAACUGUCAGGCUAUAUGUGAAUAGAUAUUUUAGUACAUGUGAAAUAAUUCACUAUUCUUGUCAUUGAUUGCACAUGUUCUAUUCUCCCUAGAUAGACCUCGACUUUCAAUGGACUCUGUAGACACCAAAACCACUUUAGCUUAAUUAAGCAGUUUUGUUAGAUCAUGCCACUGCUUUAUACAGCUGGGGCUGUAUAAACAAAGUGAUUUUAACUCCUAAAUGGCAGAGCAUUGAGCAGUGAGACUUCAGGAACAUGAUCUAUACACAAAAAACGCUUUAUUAAAUUAAUGUUUUAGUGAUUUUAGUGUUCCUUUAUAUAUAUUUAUUUGGGGGGGUUGUGAAGGAAUUCAAAACUGCUCAUUAAUUUAAAUAAAUAACCAUCAUCUUUAGAAUUGUGGGUAGUCUUUUAUGUCACUCCAGCAAAUCUAGAUGUGUUUUAAUGGGGAUAAGGAUUGCAGCCAAGAAACAUUACAAAGCACACUUACCUGUGCAAAAAAAUUUGGGUUCCCCCUCUUACUGAAAGUACACCGAUAGCCUGAAUGCCUUGGGCAGAUUAUAUAUUGACACCUUUGCAUGACUUCUAAAUCCAAGCAAAUAACUUAUUCCUUUUUUUUUUGAAUGUGCAUUUUUGUAAUAUGAAAUCUCUAGUAUUUUGUUCUGAAUUUGAAUUGGUGAAGAUAUUUAUGAAUUAAUUACGAGAAGGAUUCUCUAUGGUAAAUCCUGGGACAUCAUCUUUAGUAACUGAAUGGCUGAAUUUUUGCAUUUUGCAUCAAAAAUACAAGAUCUUACUUAUAACGUCCCUCGACCACAGUAGAGAAAGUGAUUUUUUAUUUUUUUAUAUUGCCCCAGAAAUUCUUUAGUAAUGACUUGUUCCAUUUCUUUCCCCAGUCCAUUGUACGCAGCUGCUACAUCCGAAGCUUUGGGCACUUUCUGACUCGUCUGCAAGUCAAUGUCCUGCAGUAUAACACCGAGCUGGGACUCUUCACCAGUAUCUCUGAAUACGAGCAGGACAACCUCAUGCACCAGGCACAGGCACAGUUCCGAAUGGUGAGCAAUAUACCCAGCCUGUUCCCCAUCCCAUCUUGCACUCCAAUCUGCAUCUCAGUUAAUAGUACUUGGUUCACUAGUGGCUCUGAUCUUUGAGAGGCUAUUAUAUUAAAUCUAGGGUCUUCACUGGAGGAAGUACAGUCAACAAACUCUCUGGCUUCAAGGGACACUAUAGGCACCCAGACCACUUAAUCUGCUUGAAGUGGUCUUGGUGCAGUGUCCCUUUCCCCUAAAAUAUUAUUUUUAAAACUGUCUCUAGUGGCUGUCUACCGCUUCCUGCUGUUUCACACAGUUUGCCUCUGUGAAACAAUGCUGGACGUCCUCACACAUUGAUCUAAUGCUUUCCUAUAGGGGGGAGGCCAAAUAUACAAGCAAUGCUCGCCACACAUGAGCAUUAGGCUCACACUCAGCACUGGCUGAGCCAGUGUGGAGGAACCACUUUGCUGAAAUAAGGUCAGUGUAAAGAGGAUUUCUAACCCUUUCUUUGCCGGGGAAGGGGGAGCUGCGAAGAGGAACACUUUAGUGUUAGGAAUACAGCUUUAUUCUCCUUUAAAGCAACAUAUAUCUCCCUUGAUCUCUUUACACACAGGUCUUGAGGGGCCACAGAUGAUCAACUCUUAGCCAGUGGUGGCCAAAAUGUAGAUAUUCAGAUAGUAAAUGUAGUUUCCCACGAUUCUCAGGCAGCUAAACAUUUAGCCAAAAUGAAUGGUUUGAGCCAUGCUUCAGUAGAGAGUUAGAUUAGGCCCUGAUUGUGCUGACCAUGAUACUGCUUGGGUUGUUCCUGUAUGUCUCUGGCACAUAUAGCUGACUGCAUAUACUGGAAGCUUUCUAGUGUCACAUAGACGCUGCCUCUGCUUAUUGUGGGAUAUUUUCUCUGCUUCUCACAGUGAAGAUUAAUCCUUUCCUUACAGCAGGGCACGGGCUGUGAGACUGGUGGUGACGGCUUCACUCAUUAAUAGCAACUCUUACUUCCGCUGGGAAAUGAAAUCAGAUCUCGUGCUAUUUUAUGCUCUCUGUGCCAGUGCCAAUCUUUCAACUUGUGUGUGUCUGUCCCCCCCCAGGCGCAGGAAGAGGCUCGGAGAAAUCGGCUUAUGAGGGAUAUGGCACAGCUCAGACUGCAGGUACGUGGCUUUAUACGUGCUAUAUAUAGAUCUAAUGGAACCUCCUGGCAGUUCAGGUGUAAUGAUACCUGUGAGGGGAAAGUGUCAGAACAAGCAUUCCUCAAUAAAUAUAAUCCACCUGUCUGGUAUAUCUAAAGGCAACAGAAAUUAUUGUUUUUGCAGAUCUGUGUGUUUUCUGUAAGGGAUCCACAUGCACGGCACUGCAGGAGUUAAUGUAAUUUCCGUGUCAUGCUGGAUAACCGUGCUGUUAAAAUAAAAUUGAAACUUCAAAAAAUUAUAAAAAAUAAUAAUAAAAUGCACAACCCACAGCUUUUACUGGGUUAUGUUACAAUCUAAGUAGUUACAGGUCAGCAUUAAUACCCAUUCCAUGGCCAUAUUCACCAUAAACUGCGCAUUACCUCCCAAAGUGACAAGGUACCCGCUUUCUUCCUGCUCUCAUAUUACGAUGUGAUAGUCAGGGAUGGGAUGGCUGUUGUUCUCUCUAUCAUCACCCAGGAUUUUUCGCACAUUGGGAACUCACAGGCAAGAGAGAGAAAAGGGCUACACAUAAAGUCGUGUUUUCAAAUGUAUGAUUACAUUUUAACUAAGUCCUGUUACUUCCUGGUUUGGUUAGCUCGGUGGAACUAAACUCAAGAAGCAGCAAUUUCUCAGAGCAGGUGGCUUGUCAAGACUUCUCAUUGAGCUUCAUUGGGAAGUCUGUGAUUGGAUGCCACAGAAAGACUGGGUGGGGUUUGAAGGGGAGGCCUUGUAAAGACUGUAGACAAGAUCUGCAGCUUUAGCAAACUGUUUUUAGAUAUAACCCCCAAUGGUAUUCAUUAUUUGGGGUAUAUCUACUAAACAUUAAUUUUUUUUAUGAUUAUAAUUUUUUUCUUUCUUGUGUUUAUAUAGUGGAAUUGUCUUUUUAACAAAAACUGGUAGCCAAUAGGAUAAAUCAUGUUUUAUAAACCAGUGAGAAAAUGUAAAAUAAUAAGAUGGUGUUUUUUUACCCUUAAAAACUGCUGUUAUUUUACCCCUUAUUUUGGUAGUCAGUGGGAUUCCAACCUUCACAAAAACACGAUUAGAACUAGCAUGCAGUUAUGGAUAACCACAGAUCAGUGUGCAAGACCUGUAUCUGUAUAGCAUAUGCAGAAAUCAAAUAACCACGCAACUCCAUAGUUCUUGGUUGUUUUAUUCAUUUAGCAAGGAGCCUGGAACAGUUUCGACCUGGUGGCCUUCCUCAAGCCUACAAUCUAGCUCUGUGACUAAACACUUUAAGAAUAAAUUGGGUGAUGUAUAAAAAGUGUUGUGUUCUGAAAAGUGGUCUAAAGUACUAAAAUGGGAUAUAUCUACAAAUUAUGUUUUGUUUUUAAUUUUUUGUAUUUGGACAGUGGAAUGUCUCUUUAAAUUUUCUGUUUAAAGGACCACUAUAGUGCCAGGAAAACAUACUCGUUUUCCUGGCACUAUAGUGCCCUGAGGGUGCCCCCACCCUCAGGGACCCCCUCCUGCCCAGCUCUGGAAAGGGGAAAGGGUUAAAAACUUACCUUUUUCCAGCGCUGGGCGGGGAGCUCUCUGCCUCCUCUCCUCCUCCGAUCCUCCUCCUGGGCUGAAUGCGCACGCGCGGCAAGAGCUGCGCGCGCAUUCAGCCUGUCGCAUAGGAAAGCGACCUGGCACCCAGACCACUUCAUUAAGCUGAAGUGGUCUGGGUGCCUAGAGUGGUCCUUUAAAUAUCCCAAUAAAAAGGAUUUGGAAGUGUAUGUUCCCCCUUUUGGUAUUAUAUUAUUGGGUUAUAACUACAAAAUACACAGAGACUUGUAUUUCAUUCAAUAAUAUAAAAAUGUAAUCAUUUUAGGAUCUGCUUCUGUUAUAUUAUUUGAAAAAGGUGACCUCCAUUAUUUAACUCCAAUUCCCAUGUUGCUCAGCCAAGUGUUGGAAGGUCUCCAUGUUACCUUUCUCUUCUUUUGUAAUCAUGGUAGACUCUGAUCCCAAGCCAGCUAGUCUUGGCAUCCUAAAUAUUUGGGAGCUACUCCCUUUUCAAGCUUUUAUUUGACAGUUUGCCUUUCUGACCCAGAUCAUCCGUUUAACAUGACUUGUACUUUUAUAUAUGAAAGAUUUGGGAUACGUUCCCACUCCCAUCUUUAUUACGUGAGGUUUGAAGGAAAAGGAAGGUACGAAACUCUGACUUCAAUUAACUCUGUACUAACUGCACAGUCUGCAUCAUGUUGCAAAACUAACCGUUUAAUACUUUGCUCCUAGCUGGAGGUCUCGCAGUUGGAGGGAACUCUUCAGCACCCCAAAUCUCAAUCUGCCAUGUCCCCGUACCUUGUCCCAGACACUCAGACGCUCUGCCAACAUCUAGGCAUCAUUAGGCAGCUGGCCAACAGUGGCCGGUUCAUCAUCAUCAUCCCACGGACAGGUAAUGCGAGUCACCUGACUGGAGAAUAUUCCAGAAAGAAUGAACUAAAUCUGUAACCUUAAACCAUAAGGCUUUUAUUUUAUUUUUCUCUGUUCAUCAUUAAUGGUUAAAUAUAAUGUAGACACUUGUUAAGACACUCACAGUAUAAAGGAGUGAAUUCGCCGUUUCGUAGAACUUCCCCUUUGCAGAGAUACAGGCACGACUACUUUAGAGCCCAAACUCCCGAACUGGAACCAGGGGAAUGCGCCUAUCUCCCGAACAGCAUACUUGGUAACACUCCAAACUCCCGAACAGUAAUCCCACGAAUCGCUGCUAACAGACAAACCGAUAUAGCAUCCAAGCGGCUUACGUUCCCAGCAAUCAGUCUCUAGCCACAUAUAGUAAAUCCCCCCCAAUCACGAGACUAAGCUCCGUAUAAGGGGUAAAACGAGAUCUGGCUUUAAUGCGGGUUACCUGCCCGUAUUUAUGCAGGUCUCCCACUUGGUGGACACUCCCCUAGGGGACCAAAUGGGAGACUGUAACAAAGGACAGACAGGUAUCAGAUCAGGACAUACAGUCACAAUACAUCCCCACAAUGCAUCCUGGCUUCCUCCUCUCUGCCCUGGAGAUAAUUGAGAAGUAAUUCAAUUAUCUCCCAGGACAAAGACAAAUCGCCAUUAUGCACGUGGGGACAACAGGAUAGACAUUAAUGUUAAAAUAGAAAGUGUUAAACCUGUUACAUUAAAUAUAGACAUGUAACAUACCCACAGAUAGCUCAGGUCUGAGCGUACAUUAUUAGGUGAAUGGCGCUCAGACCACACAAAUACAGUGUAAUCGCCAUGGAGCCAAAGUCUUUAAUUUCACGAACAGGCUCCAUGGCAUAGCUAUCUGGGUACUUUCACAUAGAAUACACUAUAAAACACAAAGUCUCGAAUGUUCCGCCGUUCGGUUCACGAACGGAGCUGAAGUCCCGUAGGCUGGUAGCUCAGCGGUGCUUGAAAGGAAAAGUGUCCGCUUUUGGUGUAAUGAGGCUGGGCAGAACAACGUUGGCUGCCUGGGGAGCUCCAUAACACCGCCAUCGUGUGGCGGCUAGGUGUAACCGCGACCACCCAGUAACAGUCAAUUAAGCUGCGGUUAACCGCAGUUACCGGGUGGUCAAUUGCCGGCACAUGCUAGCUUCAGGGAGGUAGAUUGAAGGCACACUCCAGCUUCCCGGUGGUCGCAUAAACGGUAGUCGUUCGGGAAACAAAGCGGGGAAACAAGGGGGCUGUACGGGUAAAGAAAUAACCGAAAAAAACAGAAGAAUGGAGGGAGAAACAUAAUCUAAAGACAGACGAUUCUGUCACAGCACUAAUGCAGUUGAAUCCCUUUCAGAAUUCUUAGUAAUAAACAACCAGAAAAUAAACACUCCGUUUGAAUAUGUUUUUAUAUUUAUAUUAUAUACACAUUUCUUCGUUGAUUUUUUUUUUUGGGGGGGGGGGGUUAAUUUGCCAGUUGUCUUUAUCAUUAUUAAUAACUCUCCUACUUCUCACAUGUAGUUAUAGACGGCUUGGACAUCCUGAAAAAGGAGAAUGCUGGGGCCCGGGAUGGGAUUCGGUAUCUGGAAACAGAGUUUAAAAAGGGAAAUAGGUACGGUAAGAUUUACCAUUUCCUUCUUGCCAAUUGUUUUUGUUUUGAAUUAGGCAUUCACCACCAGCUGUUUUCCCCCCAUCCAGGUAUAUUCGCUGCCAGAAAGACACGGGUAAAAGUUUUGAGAGAAAUAAACUGAAGAGACAGGACACAGAUGCCUGGUAAGAAGCCGUUUUCACACAUAUGUUAAAGGAACUGUAUAGGGUCAGGAAUGCAAAAAGGUCUCUUUUUUUUUUGUGUGUCCUUAAUAGGAGGUAGUAUAAUGAUAAUGAUAUAAUAAUAAAUUAAACUGGUCUGGGUUCAUUACUUGUUUCUAGCACACAUACUCCUCUCCCCAGUUAUUUAAUUUUAAAGCUGUUUAUUUUAAACUUGGUGAUAGUCAAUACUGAUUUGAAUUAUUCUUUAUGGUUGAUUUAUUUCUUCUUAUCGAAACACAUAUAAUGGGGAACAUAAAUUAUAUAUUAACCCCUUAAGGACCAAACUUCUGGAAUAAAAGGGAACCCUUAAGGGGUUAAAGGAACACUAUAGGGUCAAAAACACAAAAAUGUAUUCCUGACCCUAUUGUGUAAAAUACACCAUCUAGCCCCCCAGGCCCCUCUUUGCCCUCUCUAAUAAAAUAGUAAAAUCUUACGUUUAUUCCAGUCUUUUGCGGCUGAUUCUGCCACUGAUCUGCCUGCUUGGCUGACAUCAUCAGAAGUCUUGAUCAAAGCCAAUCACAAUGCUUGGAUUGGGUGAGACUGUCAAGGAGGCAGAUCAGGGGCAGAGCCAGCACAAGCCAAAUACAGGCCUGGCCAAUCAGCAUCUCCUCGUAGAGAUGAAUUGAAUCAAUGCAUCUCUGUGAGGGAAGUUCAGUGUCUCUGUGCAGAAGUUGUGACUUUUAUACAUGUACUUAAUAACUGACCAUUCUAUUUAUCCAAUGACACCGUAUAGUUUGGUAACAAACCUUUCACAACGAAAGCAUCAAGUUUCUUUAAACAGGUCUUCUUUUUACAUUCCUGAUAGGCACCUGUACAAGAUUUUGGACAGCUGCAGGCAGUUGACUGUAUCGCAAGGAAACAAUGCAGACGACACUGCUGGGAUGGUGACCAUUUUAACCAGCUUUCAUCUCAAUGAGCCGGACUGCUUGACGGCCGCCGUGCAGGUCAGUACCAGACUUCUCUCUUCAAUUAAUGGUUUGGCUCAUUUCUUGACCUAUGCCAACCCAAUGUACUCUGUUGGUCUUCUUACCUUUCCGACACAAUGGCUGUCUAUUGACAGGUCUGUUUUCAGAGCCAGUCGUCAAAUGUUGUCUCUGAUCUAGUCUGCUCAUGUUUUUCAUUGCUAGUUAUUAAUACCUUCAUGACAUGAAAAGUGUCAGUACUGUCAUGCUAUAACGCAAUACACGUAGCACCUUGUCACAAAGAGGUCAGAAGAUGCUCAUUUUGUUCUAGCUGAGUAUUCUUCUUUGUAAGAUCACCGUAGCUCUCUAAGCACAAAUAUAUUGCCUUUUAUUGAAGCUGUUCAUUUUUCUGAUCAGUACAUUAGCUUCCUUAACUAAUUGCUUUUCAAUGUAUUGAGAACAAAUCCUAUUUUUAUAAUAUAAGCUUUAUGUAGAGGUGGAUGCUGGGUGGUUCUCUGUAAUUCACAAAUUCAGGUUGGCUAUUGAAAGCUCUAUGUAGCCUUAAUAUUACCAGUAGCUCAUUUUAUUUAUUUUACAUGCAUGCUGGACAACUGUCAGGUCUUUAGAGCUCACCUCUAAUAGUUGUAUGUGAAAUAUAUUUGUUUUAAAUAUUGUCUUAUUAAACAAAGUUAUGGAAAGAAAAUUUUGGUGAUAUGCCACUUUAGAACUGUGGAAAUAUUUUGUAUAUUUAAUCUUGUACGCUAGUUUUUUUUUUUUUUUCCUUUAAGCAGCAUGUUUGUUUUCUGAGAACUUUUUCGUGUUUGUUAAUAACCAGAAGGAAUGUAUUGUUUUUAAAAUAAGAGAUCCUUUAAAUGUUCUAACAUCAAAGAAUUGAGAUUUCCUUGCGCCGUCCUGCUGGGUAUUGUAUGAAUGUCAGUAACGGUGCUUUGUGUUUACAGUCCGCUUUGCAGGCGGCCUCAAACGCCAACAUCGAAAUCAAGAACGUGCUGACUUUCUACAAGCAGUGGAAGGAGAUGGGCUGAACAAUGGAUGCUGGUCUUGGAGUUAAACCUCGUGUUCCCCGUCUCAGCUGCUGCCGCUGUCGCCUUCAGAGUCCAAGAUAGCAACCAUUUGGAAAGAAAUGUUUCAUAAAUUUGCUAAAAUUAAAAUAAAAGUAUAAAGUUUAAAAUGUAUACACUGGCAGCAUAAAGGAAAAACCUAUACCAGCAAGCUAAUAUGCCCUCUCUGCACAUCUUGCAUAGCGACACAGAGUGGGCUGUCGUGUUGGAGGAUCUAAAAAGCAUGCCUUCCGCUAGCCACUGGGCCGGAAGAGUGAUAUCGGCAUUCAUCGUUUGCUAUAUGACCCUAGUGUUGUCUCAAAUGUGAUCACAGGCCUUGGGCGUUCAUCCUGCAGACCUGUGGCUGCAGUAGCAUAACAAAUCUAUCCUUUUUGUGUAACUUGUGUUAACUGAAAAGAAAAAUGGUUACUCUUGACCCUUGUAUCCUUGAUUCCCAGUACCUGCUAGUACCCUUAAUUAUAAACCCUCAGCCCUGCCCUUUCUCCCUAUUUCAUUCCUACCCCACUUUUCUUUCUUUAAAUUCUGGUCAGAGCCUUCAUUUGUGAGCAAAUGUUUGGAGGAUGAAAAUAAAACCAACAUUUUAUUUGACACAGACAA